ACGCACGUUGCGGGCGCCUACCGCGUUUGACUGUCACCACCACCGCGGAAAUCAACCACUCGUCAUUUACUUCACUGCGCCAGGCCUUCAACCUCACAGAAUAAUCGGAAAUGCAUGCAUUACCUGACCCAAAGGUUCGGAGUGCAGAACUUGGGCGUCUAUCUCUGAACUGAACAUGUCGCGCCACCGCAUUUCAGACACUCCUGCCGGAGAUAGAAAAGGUUCGAUCGCGCAUAGUAGAAGCACAUCCACAGGGCAUCCUGCCAGAACCCGCGAAACUUUGUUUGCGGCGCUUAGGCGACUACGUGACCUGCGCUGCGGACACCAUUCUGGCCUACCACGAGGUAUUUCGCAGCAUCCGCCGCGCCAUCUCCCCCUCUGAAUCCUCACUCGACCCCGAUAUUCUUGCCAUACACGACCGCUAUGCCGAAUUCCUCCGUAUGCUGGAUGUGCUCGCGUCCUUGGAAGGGCCCGUCAUAGAGUCCCUUCAUGGAUUGGGGGAGUAUGUCAUUCAAGAGUUCUCCUACCCUCCUGUCAUUCACUUCUUCGUGAUGCGUGUCCUUGGCCCCGAUUCUUGGGGCUGCGUGAAGGAGAUUGAGGAUGUGGCAGCUCAGCUUCGCGUAUGCGCCGAAGCGAUGCGGAGCAGAUUCUCAUUGGCCAAGUUGUCGGAGAUCAGGACGCUCUCCGAGGAUGUCCGCGGUCAGUUGGACCUGCUCAUCGUCCGCGCCUCAGGAGACCUCCCCAUUUAAUAUCAAUCCAUAUCGUUCGCAGGCCAUGUACUAGUCGGCGAUUCAACAAUCGCGAGUACCAGUCGCUUGAGCCUUCUAUCUCCCUGAGAACGGAUUGGAUAGCUAUGAUGUCUGCGGAAGAGCGGGGGUUGAACGACGCAAGCUUUUCCUUCAAGAACUUUGGUUUGAGAUCGUCCCGAGAUUGAGCAUUUGGCAAGGGUGAUGGAUAGGGUUUUGCACCAUGCAUAGCGAUGGAUAGCGAUCGCGGCGUUGUUCGAUGGUUCUGCGUGUCUCCGAGAUGGUGGCAGAAGGCAACCUGGACGCGAGCGUUAGUUGCUUCCCAACGUCACAACGUGACUAAUUAAAGCCGUA